GCACAAUAAUCGGUCCAUCACUAACAACAACAAGUCAUCUCGAUUUUACAAAAAAGUCAACAAAUCAAUAUUAAUCUCGCGCUAAAGACAUGGAUGCCAAACCAGAUGAACCGAUUUCACCAGCUCCGACAACAAAUUCAAAUGCCACGCCUAAUGUAGGAACUGCGGCAACAGCAGCAGCCGGAGGAGGAGAUUCGAAUGUCGCCACAGUUGCCACCGGUAAUGGAACCGCAUCUGGAACUGUGGGCAAAAAGACCACUAGCGGGGAGACCAGCUCAUUGCCCACUCGCCAAUAUUUGGAUCAAACAGUGGCCCCAGUCCUCCUCCAUGGUCUGCAGGCUCUGGCUCGAGAAAGACCGGCAGAUCCCAUUAAAUUUCUGGCUUCCUAUUUGCUGAAACAUAAUGGCUGCGAAGAUUCGGGCUCAGCGGCGGCAUCAGCAGCAGUAACAUCCGCCACAACAACAACAACAUCUGCAACAACAAGCACACAAUCAUCAGCAACAGCAGCAGCGACCACCGAAACUAGUUCUUAGUUCCCUAGAUAUAUAACCCCCGUUAAGUUCAAAAAAGACUCUUUAAAAUAAAGUUUACUAAAUAUUCAUUUAUACAUA